GUCUCAGAGCACCCGCCAAAGGUUUACUCUUGUUCGGACCACCUGGUAAUGGUAAAACCUUACUCGCUCGAGCUGUUGCCACCGAAUGUAGUGCUACGUUUUUGAACAUUUCAGCCGCCUCGCUAACAAGUAAAUACGUGGGUGAUGGUGAAAAAUUGGUGCGAGCCUUAUUUGCCGUGGCCCGUGAAAUGCAACCAUCCAUCAUUUUCAUUGAUGAAGUCGACUCACUGCUCUCUGAACGUAGCAGUAAUGAACAUGAAGCUUCACGACGUUUAAAGACGGAAUUUCUCGUCGAAUUCGAUGGUCUGCCGGGUAAUCCAGAUGGUGAUCGUAUUGUUGUUUUAGCGGCAACAAAUCGUCCACAAGAAUUAGAUGAGGCGGCGUUGCGGCGUUUUACAAAACGGGUUUAUGUUUCGUUACCCGAUUUGGAAACAAGAGAAUUAUUGCUGCGUCGUUUGCUGCAAAAGCAAGGUAGCCCCUUGGAUACAGAUGCCUUGAAGCGUCUGGCAAAACUCACCGAAGGUUAUUCUGGCAGCGAUUUAACAGCAUUGGCCAAAGAUGCAGCAUUGGAACCAAUACGCGAAUUAAAUGUGGAACAAGUUAAGUGUUUGGAUAUCAGUGCUAUGCGUCCAAUAACUGAAAAUGAUUUUCAUAAUUCCCUGAAACGUAUACGUCGCUCAGUGGCACCCCAAAGCUUGACGUCAUAUGAAAAAUGGUCUCAAGAAUAUGGUGAUAUUACCAUUUAAAAAAUAAUUUAAACUAGGUAUUAUUUUUCUAUAUAUAUA